UCUCCUCUGUCUGUGUGUCUGACAGAGUAAGAAUCAUUUCAGCAACCCACCGCCGCCGCCGCGCCGUACCGCAGCCCUCCGUCCGACUGCGCGGCUCGCCGAGCGGACACUGCGCCUGGCGUGCGCCGCUGAUGGUGAUGGAGCCACGGGCGCCGUGAAGCUGCAGCCGGUCGGUCGCCAACAAAGGCUGGGAUGAGAUGAAAUGGUAGGAGGCGUUUGUAUGGGCUAGCCCGUGGAGAUCAACUCGCCCUAACCAUGUCUAAGAGCCUCAAGAAGAAGAACCACUGGACCAACAAAGUCCACGAAGCGGUGGUGACGCGGGGGAAGGACGGGGAGCUGGGGUUCGAGCUGAAGGGGGGCGCGGAAAACGGCCAGUUCCCCUACUUCGGCGAGGUGAAGCAGGGGAAGGGGCUGAUCCAGAGCGGCAAGCUGGCCCAGGACGAGCUGCUGCUGGAGGUCAACGACAUGCCAGUGGCCGGGCUCACCACCCGGGACGUGUUGGCGGUGAUCAAGCACUGCAAAGACCCGGUCCGCUUCAAGUGUGUCAAACAAGGGGGAGUGGUUGACAAGGAUUUGCGGCACUACCUCAACCUGCGUUUCUCCAAGGGCUCAGUGGACCACGACCACCAGCAGAUCAUCAGAGACAACCUAUACCUCCGCACUGUUCCCUGUACCACCAGGCAGCCUAAGGAGGGGGAGGUGCCGGGGGUGGACUACAACUUUGUGAGUGUGGAGCGUUUUAUGGAACUGGAGCAAAGUGGAGCCCUGCUAGAGAGUGGAACCUAUGAAGAUAACUUCUACGGCACACCAAAACCUCCAGCAGAGCCGUCCCCUGCAGCCCCUCCUCUGAAUGUGAGUGAGGCCCUGCUGCCCGGAGCCCGGCCCAGCGCCCAGGGCAAGAGGAAGAGGAACCAGUCAGUCAGCAACAUGGAGCAACGCGCCAGCCUGGAGCCGCCCGAGGAGGAGGAAGAGGAGAGCCCGAUAGUCAACGGCAAUGGGGUGGCCAUCACACCAGAGUCCAGUGAACAUGAGGACAAGAGCACAGAUGCCUCUGGGGAGGUUGCUGUUGAGGUGUCCAGCCAGGCCCCAGCCUCCGCUGAGCCCCCAACCGAAGAAGAAGAGGCCCCAAAAUCUCCUUCCAAAUCCCCCAGCAAAGUCCCAGAUGCAGAUGAGGAAGAGCUCGGCCCUCUGCCUGACAACUGGGAGAUGGCCUACACUGAGAAGGGGGAGGUCUACUUCAUAGAUCACAACACCAAAACAACAUCAUGGCUUGAUCCUCGUCUCGCUAAGAAAGCGAAGCCGCCAGAAGAAUGCAGAGAAGACGAGCUGCCCUAUGGCUGGGAGAAGAUAGAUGACCCCAUCUAUGGCAGCUACUAUGUAGAUCACAUCAAUCGAAGGACUCAGUUCGAGAACCCAGUCCUUGAAGCAAAGAGACGCUUGGAGCAGCAGCAGCAGAUGCAGAGCCAGGGACUGUCCGCUCUACCUUUGCCCACUAUAUACAGAGAGAAGCCAUUAUUUACAAGAGACCCGACUCAACUGAAGGGCACCUUCCUGUCCACUGGCCUGCAAAAGAGCAACAUGGGAUUUGGCUUCACGAUCAUAGGAGGCGACGAGCCGGACGAGUUCCUGCAGGUGAAGAGUGUGAUACCAGAUGGACCUGCCGCUCAGGAUGGAAAGAUGGACACAGGUGACGUCAUCGUCUACAUUAAUGACAUCUGUGUGCUCGGCACCACACAUGCCGACGUUGUCAAACUGUUUCAGUCGGUGCCGAUUGGUCAGAGCGUGACCCUUGUGCUCUGUCGAGGAUAUCCUCUGCCUUUUGACCCUGAGGACCCCAGUGCAGCAGCGAGCACCUCUCUGACACCCAUUGGCCUGGAGCACCGCCCCCUGGUGGUGAACGGCCGCAGCAGCUACGACCCAUACCUGGAGUACCUGUCCUUGAGCUCCCAGCUGCCUCCGCAGGCUCUGGCCCAGGCUGGAGCGCAUCACCCCGGGGACACGCAUCUGGACGGUUCAUCUCUGCCGCCCACCACACCCGGCUCAGCUUCGGCGCUCACGCCUCAUGAAGACAAUGUGUCCAUGGCCUCCUCAGGAACUGCAGGGGUUGCCGGGGCAACUGCACAAGGGGCAGAGCUGCUGACGGUUACUAUGGUGAAAGGAGCGGAGGGAUUUGGGUUCACUAUUGCUGAUAGUCCCACUGGUCAACGAGUGAAACAGGUACUGGACCCAGGCUCACAGGCAGCGUCAGGCCUGAUAGAGGGAGACCUGAUCCUCGAGGUGAACCAGCAGCCAGUGGCUUCAGCUGGACACGGACGAGUGGUGGAGAUGCUGAAAGAGUGUCCUGUGGGAGCAGAGGCAACGCUCCUCAUACAGAGAGGAACAGGCCACAUUUCUCCAUGGAAGGCGUCCAAACAGUUGACAGACCAGUGGGACCCUCAUGGCAGCCCACAGGCCAACUUGUCUGGUCCAGUCUUGCCGGCUGGCGCAUCGUUCCCAAACCAGCCGCAGCACCGCACGUCUGUGCCUGAUUCAACUGAAGGCUUCGACCUCAACAAACCUGACCCUUAUGACCUAUAUGAGAAGUCGAGGGCUAUCUACGAGAGCCGACGUUCAGAGUAUGAGGAGGUGGAGGUGCACCUGCUGAGGGAGAAGACUGGGUUCGGUUUCCGUAUCCUGGGGGGAGACGAGGCCGUGCAGGCUAUUGUUAUUGGCGCCAUAAUAGAGAACACACCCGCUGAGCGUGAUGGGCGGCUUCGACCCGGGGAUGAGCUUAUUUCUGUGGAUAAAAAUGUGGUUGCUGGGAAACCGCACAAAUACGUAAUAGACUUGAUGCAUGCAGCUGCCCGCAACGGUCAAGUCAGCUUGACUGUGAGAAGGAGAGUGCAAAUGCCUGGUGAACUGUGUCCUGUGAAUGGCCGCAGCCCCGGCUCAGUGUCGACACAGCACAGCUCUCCACGCAGCGACGCAGCCUCCGCUUCGGGCCCUCCAGCCGUUGUUGCCCCCGCCGCCACCUCUCCUCCAGAGGGAUCCGGGCUGCAAACCAGCGACGUGGUUAUUCACCGCAAGGAGAACGAAGGCUUCGGCUUCGUCAUCAUCAGCUCCCUGAACAGACCGGAGAACGCCGCUGUCAUCACUGUGCCUCAUAAAAUCGGACGUAUCAUUGAGGGCAGCCCCGCAGACCGGUGUGGGAAGCUGAAGGUGGGCGACCGGAUCCUGGCUGUGAACGGACAGUCUAUCAUCAGCAUGCCACACGCAGACAUCGUCAAGCUCAUCAAAGACGCUGGGCUAACGGUCACGCUGCACAUCAUUCCAGAGGAGGGUUCCCAUUCUGGGCCCGGCUCAGAGAAGCAAAGCCCCAUGACCCAGAAACACAGCCCUCAGACCCAGCCCAGCCCUGUAGCCCAGCCAAGCCAAGGAAGCAUCCAGCCCAGCCAAACGGCUCCUCAGCCGGGCCAAACGGCCGCUCAGCCAGGUCAAGCACCUGUCCAAUCCAGCCAGGCACUAACUCAGACAAGUCAAGCAGUGACGGGCCCUCCUGCACCCGCAGCCUCCCAGCCUGCACCCGCUGGAUCCCAGCAGAGCCCGGUCAGCCAGCCCUCCGGCCUCCCUCCACAUCUCUACCUCCACGAUGGCAGGUCAGAGGUAAAAGCCAGACAGGAUGUCAAACCUGACUUCCGCCAUCCUCCGUUCACUGAUUACAGGCAACCUCCGGUAGAUUACCGUCACCCACCGGUUACCGAUUAUCGACAGCCUCCCACACUGGACUACAGACACCCGCCUGGUCUGCUGGACUUUAGACAGCAUCCUGCCGCAGCACAGUUCCCCAUGGGGAUCCCUGCUGACUUCAGACCACAGGACUCACCAUUGGCUUCAAUUGCAUUGGAUUCUGCUGCAACACUGUUUACCCCUGAAACUGUGUUUUGUGGACCCAAACACUUCACCCACCCCUCCAUCGGCAUAGUGGACUACGAUUACUUCACAGUGGAGCUGGAGAAAAGUGCGAAAGGUUUCGGCUUCAGUAUCCGCGGAGGCAGAGAAUACAAGAUGGACCUGUUUGUGUUGCGUCUUGCUGAGGACGGUCCUGCCAUACGUAAUGGAAGGAUGAGGGUAGGGGAUCAGAUCAUAGAGAUUAACGGGGACAGCACUCGAGACAUGACUCAUGCCCGAGCCAUUGAACUCAUUAAGGCGGGAGGCAGGCGGGUCAGGCUGCUGUUAAAGAGAGGCACGGGACAGGUGCCAGAUUAUGACUGUACCAACCCCUGGGAUUCCCUUUCUACAGCCCAAUCUGCCCUGCAGGAAGUGACCCUCGAGCCCCACCCGAUUCCAUUGCUCUCAUCCCAUCCAGCCCCAGACUCCCCUCAUCAACUCCCCCUAGAGGCCACAGUGUGCAUGGCAGACAAAGCUCCACAGCUGACAGACCACAGCUCCAUUAGAGGGGCUACAGGUGGCAGGUCCACCCAGCAGAGGUGCAUCAUCAGGGGGCAGGGAACCCCUCAGGGGUCUGGAGAGGUGGACUGUGGACCGGUUGACAGACAGCCUCGGGCUUUGCCUCCUAAAGCUGUCCUGGGGAGGGCCGUCGAAAGACGAGAGAGGUCCAAUGAGACGUGCUCCCCCUGCUGUGAGAGAAAGGGCCUGCACACACAGGCGAUGAGCACUGUCUGGCCCUGGGACGCAUAUGUGAGUGUGAAUUCAAACGGAGCCUCUCUGGCAAGUGGAGAUGGACAAGUCAACCUCCAGGAGAGGCCAGUGUCUAGAGGUCUGUACCUCAGAGAAGAGGAGAGGGCCAGUGGUCACAGUGGGCUCUGCUGCCCCUCCAAAACUGUGGAGGAUCCUCCUGCGAGGAGUGCAGCUGCCUCCCCCGGACCCUGGAACAUUCCUGGGUCUGAUAAACUGCCUGGCACCCUGAGGUCUUGGACCUCCACUGUAAGCAGGUAGAAUGGAUCUAGCUGGUUUGAACUGGAUCACACUGUCUGGCUCCUCAUUCAGUUCACCAUCAGAUAUCUGAGAACUUUAUAUCGCCUUCGCUCCUUCUUUCUGUUCUGUUUUCUUCUCCAUUUACUUCUGAAAUCAUAUUUUGUUUUGUUCUUACCAGAUGAUUAUUACACCCACCACCUUAAAAAACAGAGAAAUGUUCACAGCUAUUGUGACAUAGAGUAUAAACCCUGAUGGACUCAGUAUGAAGACAUUUUAGACCCUCGGAUGCCAGAGUUGAUGCUCUGAUCACAGACUGAGAAACGAUGUCGAUGUUUAAACGCUCGACUGAAUCUGGCUCACAUCGGUUAGUGCAACAUAACCUCAUAUGGAAAAAGGUUUGUCGCAGGAGAGAGACAUAUGUGCAGCCAAGAGUUUUACUUGUGCUCCAUUUUCUCUGUGCAGUGGCAAGAAAUGAGACGACUGAUCUGUCAGAUAGAGGAAGUGACACUGAAACUCCUGGAGGACAUGGCACUGACCCAAGUGACAGCCUGGUUAACCCGACAUAUGUUAAGAUCUCACACGCCUACCAAUAUAUCAUAUACUGUAAAUGUAAAGAUGUGAAAAAUAUGUACAUUUGGUAAACUCCAAAACAAACCUGUCUGUGUUUUUAAGGCAGUGUUGUAGUUAGAAACAUUGUAAAGAGAAAAAAAAAACACAGGACAGUAUUUUAGGAUCAAUAUUUCCACGGCCUCGUCUAUGACUACAUAUCAAAGACUGUGAAAGUCACCAAACCAGACCGCUGAGGGAGGCAGCGGUCGCGUGCAUGGAUGUAAACCACCAUGUCGUUAGACAGGGACUCACAUGUCUUCUAGAGGUAGAACAUUGAGAGGACAUCCUCUGUGGAGCUGAACAGUCAGUUCUCAUGUGAGACAAAGAUCUUUUUUUUCAUUAAGUUCGACUUCUGGGUGACUGAGGACAGUUUGCUUAGUAAGAACUGAUUAUACUGUUCUGAGUUAUGUUCACAACCAGAUCCCAAGUCCACCAUGCAGUCAUUGUGCAGAAUUCGAAGCUGUGCUGUAUUCAUUUGAGGCUCAACAGAAAAGACAAAACUGUCCCGUCUAUAUUUCCCAUUUCUAUGCCUUUUACUGUGCUAAGUGCAC